AUGCAUUUGAUAUCUCUGGCCACUUUGCUCGUCAGCAUCCCUUCGCGUUGGCUGUACCCAUCACUAGCGUCAUUCGUUUCUCAAGGAGUAGAGGACAAGGUUGAGAGGGACGCAGUGCUAACGCUGCUGAAGCAACAGGCAACUGCAGCACCUGCUUCAGACAACACUACACAGCAUGCAGCAGAGCUUGUGAUCACCUACCCCUCACGCCUGGUGUACUUCCUGAAUGAGGACUCGGAGAGUGCCUAUCAUGACUUGGACACAAAAGCUAAAAACCAAGUCACAGAGGGACAGCCAGUCCACCUGGCCCAGGCCAGCUUUCAGUUAGAAGCUUUUGGUUCCAGUUUUGUCCUGGAUCUGUCAUUAAACAAUGAUUUGUUAUCUUCAGAUUAUGUCGAGAUUCACUUUGAAGAUGGCAAAUCAGUUAAAACAAAGGGUGGUGAGCACUGCUACUACCACGGUCAGGUGAGAGGGAAAGAUAACUCCUAUGUGGCCUUAUCUACCUGCAAUGGGCUGCACGGGAUGUUUGAUGAUGGAGUCUUCAUGUAUCUAAUUGAGCCCUUAAACCAGACUCAUUUUAUAGAAGCAGCUGCGAGGCCUCACACAUUAAAGCGAACCACCUCUCUUCGAUGGAACAAUGCUUCAGAUGAACAGGUGGACGAAGAGCAGCUUUUCUCAGACCUGGAUGACCUGUCCUGGCUUAAAAGAAGGAAAAAGCGCGCUAUGCCUCGAAAUAUCUUUGAAGAGAUGAAAUAUUUGGAGCUCAUGAUUGUCAGUGAUCACAGCAUGCACAAGAGACAUAGGAACAAGCAGCAUACAAGAAACUUUGCAAAGUCUGUAGUCAAUCUUGUGGAUGCUAUCUUCAAAGAACAACUGCAUACACGUGUGGUACUCGUCGCCGUGGAGAUCUGGACAGACAAGGAUCAGAUACCGAUCAGUGUGAGGCCGCUUGAAAUGCUCAGAGAUUUCUCCAAGUACAGACAACAAAGCAUCAAACAUCAUGCAGACGCUGUGCACUUGUUCUCAAACGUGACCUUCCACUUUCGCAGAAGCAGUGCAGCGUAUUAUGGAGGCAUGUGCUCGGUCAGCAGGGGCGUCGGGGUCAAUGAGUAUGGUACCACAUGGGCUAUGGCAGCAUCCCUCUCUCAGAGUUUAGCUCAGAACCUCGCCAUUCAGUGGGAUCCAGCUAACAAGAGAAAGGAAUGUGGCUGUGCUGACUCCUGGAGCGGCUGCCUCAUGGAGGACACUGGAGUUCAACAUUCAAGGAAAUUUUCCAAAUGCAGCAUCUCUGACUACAAGGAUUUUCUUUUAAAAGGUGGAGGGUCGUGUCUUUUUAACAGGCCAACCAAGCUCUUUGAACCAACUGAAUGUGGAAACGGGUUUGUUGAAGUGGGAGAGGAGUGCGACUGUGGAGGGAGAGCUGAAUGUUACAAAGACUGCUGCAAGAAAUGUUCUCUUGCAAAUGGGGCACAUUGUAGCGACGGGCCGUGCUGCAACGGCACCUGUCUGUUUUUUCCUAGGGGGUACAGUUGUCGCUACGCCGUGAAUGACUGUGAUAUUUCAGAAACCUGCUCUGGAGACUCUGGACAGUGCCCUCCCAACCUCCAUAAACAGGAUGGUUACCUUUGUCAGGUCAGCCAGGGCCGCUGUUACAAUGGAGAGUGCAAGACCAGAGAGAAUCAAUGUAAAUAUAUCUGGGGUCCCAAGGCCGGAGGCUCAGAGAAAUUCUGCUACGAGAAGCUCAACACUGAAGGCACAGAGAAAGGCAACUGUGGGAGAGAUGGAGACAAGUGGAUCCAGUGUAGCAAACAUGACGUCUUCUGUGGGUACCUUUUGUGUUCCAACAUUGGGCGCAAUCCACGCAUUGGCAUUAUGAAAGGGGAAAUCACACCCACAACUUUUAACCAUCAAGGCAAGCUGGUGGACUGCAGCGGCGGCCAUGUUCUUUUAGACGAUGACACUGACUUAGGCUACGUGGAGGAUGGGACCCCCUGUGGGCCUUCGAUGAUGUGCCUUGACCAUAAGUGUCUCCCCAUCCAGUCCCUGAACAUGAGCAGCUGCCCCUCUGGACCCAACGGACAGGUGUGCUCUGCCCAUGGGGUGUGCAACAAUGAAGCCACUUGCACUUGUGACACCACGUGGGCAGGGACAGAUUGUAGCAUGCCUGAUCCGCCCAAAGAGACUAAGGCCACUCAGGAUGAAGGACCCAAGGGUCCUAGUGCCACCAAUCUUAUAAUAGGCUCCAUCGCCGGAGCCAUCCUUGUGGCUGCCAUAGUGCUGGGGGGGACUGGAUGGGGCUUUAAGUAA